AUGAAAGUCUCUUUCUCUCUCGCCAACAAUAAGAAUAAGGCCAAGACCGCAGUACCUAUUGGCGAUACCCCUUCCCUGAAACGAUCUGCUGCGUUUGCCUCUCUCGAUGAUGACGAACCCGUCGACGCCGCACCUACAGCCUCAGGCAGCGGCAAAGCUACCGUCAACAAGAAACUUGUGGCCCAAAAUAUGGAGAUAUCGAAGGCAGUCAAGAAACAGAUAGAGGCGGAGAUGAAAGUUGACUCGACCGUAUUUGAAUACGACGAAGUGUAUGACAAGAUGCAGCAAGCGAAACAGCGGGCGAAAGAAGCGAAGGAGGUCGACGCAAAGGAACGCAAGCCCAAAUAUAUCAAUGGUCUGCUACAAACCGCUGCAACACGUAGGCUGGAUCAUCUACGAGCCGAGGAAAAGAUGAUUCAACGAGAGCGCGAGGCUGAGGGCGAUGAGUACAAGGAGAAAGAGGCCUUUGUUACUCAGGCUUACAAGGACCAGAUGGCCGAGCUUCGGAAAGCUGAAGAGGAAGAGAAGCAGCGUGACGAGCUCGAGAAGAAGCGGAAGAAGGACGGCGUCGGGUCCGGUAUGGCACACUUCUACCGCAAGUUGUUGGAAGAGUCGGAACAGCAACACGAGCAGACGGUCGCUGCCACCACGUCGGCGCCCAAACCUGCCAUAGGCCCUCAGGGCCCGCAGCCGAAUCUCACCAUCACGAAGCCUGCCAAUUACGCCACCAAGUCAGAUCUGGAGUUGGCACGCCAAGCCAAGCAGGAGGGGAAGAGUGUUGAACUGAAUGACGACAACCAGAUCGUUGACAAACGGGAGCUACUGUCGGCAGGCCUGAAUUUAUCUGCGCCAAAUACCCGUCGGUUCGGACUGCAAACCUCCAAGGCGAGGUCGUCUUCUCAGGAGGAAGUGCAGACACACCGUGCGGUCGGGACUGCCGCCAGCUGGAAAGAGAUUCAAGAGCGCCGAGCACGCGAAGUUGCACAGCAAUUGGAGGAGGAGCGGGAGCGAACGUUGAAGGAGAGAGAGCGGCAGGAGCAGGAAAGUAUCAAUAGGGUGAUAGCGAAGCGAAACGAUGAGGAUUCUCUUCAGAGCGCAAAGGAACGGUACAUGGAGAGGAAGCGGCGACGGAUAGAGGAGACGCAAGUAGAUGGAGCCCCGGACGGUACAAGACCUGGCUAA